AUGACCACCAUGAAAGGAAGCUGCAUCCUUGCACUGCUGUUGGCAGGACUUGGGGUAUUAGGAAUACUGGAGACAACAACAACAGAAGAUACCCACUGCCACAGAGCUGAGCACCCUGUUAUUGCAUAUAAAGAAAUUGCUCCUUGGUUACAUGUGUUCAGAGCAGAAGAUGCUGUGGACUUCUCACAGUUAACGUUUGACCCAGGACAAAAAGAGCUUAUUGCUGGAGCAAGAAACUACCUCUUCAGGUUGCAGCUUGAGGAUCUCUCUCUAAUACAGGCAGUGGAAUGGCAAUGUGAUGAAGCUACUAAAAGAGCCUGUUACAGUAAAGGCAAAUCAAAGGAGGAAUGCCAGAACUACAUUCGAGUGCUUCUUGUUGGAGGCAACCAUCUCUUUACCUGUGGAACCAAUGCAUUCACUCCUAUCUGCACCAAUCGGACGUUAAGUAACUUAACAGAAAUACAUGAUCAAAUCAGUGGCAUGGCUCGUUGUCCUUACAGUCCUCAGCACAACUCCACUGCUCUCCUCACUUCCAGUGGGGAAUUAUAUGCUGCUACAGCCAUGGAUUUUCCAGGAAGGGAUCCUGCUAUUUAUCGCAGUUUGGGGGCCCUUCCUCCUCUCCGCACUGCCCAGUACAACUCCAAAUGGCUGAAUGAGCCAAAUUUUGUGUCAUCUUAUGACAUUGGGAACUUUACCUACUUCUUCUUCCGGGAGAAUGCAGUGGAACAUGACUGUGGGAAAACUGUCUUCUCUCGUGCUGCUCGGGUAUGCAAAAAUGAUAUUGGUGGCAAGUUUGUGUUGGAGGACACCUGGACUACCUUCAUGAAAGCUCGACUGAACUGCUCUCGUCCUGGAGAAAUUCCAUUUUACUAUAAUGAACUACAGAGCACUUUCUUCCUGCCAGAAUUGGAAUUGAUCUAUGGGAUUUUUACCACUAAUGUGAACAGCAUAGCAGCCUCAGCAGUUUGUGUUUUCAACCUCAGUGCUGUAACUCAGGCCUUUAAUGGACCCUUCAAAUACCAGGAAAACUCUCGCUCUGCUUGGCUUCCGUAUCCCAAUCCUAACCCAAAUUUUCAGUGUGGCACCAUGGACCAGGGUUUGUAUGUAAAUUUGACUGAGAGGAAUCUUCAAGAUGCUCAAAAAUUCUUCUUAAUGCAUGAGGUCGUUCAACCAGUUAUUCCAGUUCCUUACUUCAUGGAAGACAACAGCCGAUUUUCCCAUGUGGUUGUGGAUGUUGUGCAGGGGAAGGACAUGCUUUUCCAUAUCAUCUAUCUUGCCACAGACUAUGGCACUAUUAAGAAAGUACUUGCCCCAAUGAACCAGACUUCAAGCAGCUGCUUGCUUGAGGAAAUCGAACUCCUGCCGAAAAGUCAGCAAGAGCCCAUCAGGAGCCUUCAGAUCCUGCACAGCCAGAGUGUCCUUUAUGUGGGCCUUCAGGAACAUGUGAUUAAGGUCCCCCUGAAGAGAUGCCUCUUUUACAAAACAUACAGUGCAUGCAUUGGAUCCCAAGACCCCUAUUGUGGCUGGGAUAUGGUGAUGAAGAAAUGCACAACGCUAGAAGAAAGUCUGAGCAUGAGUCAAUGGGAGCAAAGCAUUACUGUGUGUCCAAUGAGGAAUCUGACAGUGGAUGGGCAUUUUGGAACAUGGUCACAGUGGAAACCUUGCACCCACACUGAUGGUGCCAGUGUUGGCUCCUGUCUCUGCAGGACACGGGUGUGUGACAGUCCUGCUCCUCAGUGUGGAGGCUGGCUGUGUGAAGGACCAACCAUGGAGAUUGCCAACUGUUCCAGAAAUGGAGGCUGGACACCAUGGACUUCUUGGUCACCUUGUAGUACCACUUGCGGAAUAGGCUUUCAAGUUCGUCAGCGUUCCUGCAGCAAUCCAACCCCUCGACAUGGAGGACGCGUCUGUGUGGGACAGAAUCGUGAGGAGAGGUACUGCAAUGAGCAUUUGUUGUGCCCCCCUCACGUGUUUUGGACAGGCUGGGGUCCAUGGGAGCGCUGCACUGCUCAGUGCGGAGGAGGGAUCCAGGCGCGGCGUAGGACAUGUGAAAAUGGUCCUGACUGUCCUGGCUGCAGUGUG